CUUUCUGUUUGGAUCACUGUAGACUCUGAGAUCAUGAAACUGGUGUAUGUGUGCUGUUCUCUGCUGAUAGCCAUCUGGCAGGAGGUAGAGGCUUCUGGCAGUGGCCCGUCUGGGGUUGUGGACAGGGCACCUGGAGCUUCCAGCUGCUCCCAGGUAAGACUGAGGCCAGCUGGGAAGUGUGAGGAUGAGGAGGAGUGCCCAUAUCAGAUCACAAUGCCACCGCUGACUAUCCAGCUUCCCAAACAAUUCCGACUACUAGAGAAGACCGUGAAGGAACUGCAAAGCUUGAAGGAGACAGUAAACAGGUUGAAGAGCUCCUGUCUGGAGUGCAGCUUGAAACAAGUGGACCUCAACUUGCAGAAGGACAGUGGUGACCCUCCAACAGAGGGAGAGCAGAGUCGAGGUCAAACCAGCAUGAGAGUUAUUCAUAAUGGGAACGACAGUGAUAAUGACAUUGUACAAAACAUGCAGGUGAAGAUGAACCGCAUGUCUAGCAGCCUGAAAAAUGCACGUGCACAGAUUAACUCCCUUCAGGGCCGCCUAGAGGAGCUUAACCUCCUCAAUCUGCAAAACGUAGAGAAUAUAGUGGACAGAAAAGUUGAGAACAUCACUGGGAUGGUCAAUAAAAUCAGCAGCACCUGCACUUCAUGUCCUGGUCAACAACUACAACUUCAACACCUCACAAACAUCCCUCCAAGAGACUGCUCAGACAUCAGCAUGCUGGGGCAAAGGAUAAACAAGGUGUACCAGGUGACUCCUGAUCCCAGGAAUGGCAGCUUUGCGGUUUACUGUGACAUGGAGUCAUUUGGAGGUGGGUGGACCGUCAUACAACAUCGAAUAAACGGCAGCGUGAGCUUCAACCGCACCUGGGCUGACUACAAGAAGGGCUUCGGGAACCUUAACAGUGAAUUCUGGCUUGGUAAUGAUAAAAUCCACCUGCUCACCAAAGCCAAGGACAUGAUCCUACGCAUUGAGCUGGAAGACUCAGAGGGCACACGUGGAUAUGCCAAAUAUGAUCAGUUCUAUGUGUCCAAUGAGUUCCUUCAUUAUCGGCUGUCUGUGAGCGGGUAUUCGGGGACAGCUGGAAACGCUUUGCAGUUUAGCAAACACUUCAACCAUGAUCAGAAGUUCUUCACUACGCCGGAUAAAGAUAACGACAGAUACCCCUCAGGCAACUGUGGGGCGUAUUAUGGUUCGGGAUGGUGGUUUGAUGCCUGCAUGUCAGCAAACCUUAAUGGCAAAUACUACAAAACAAAGUACAAAGGGAAAAGGGAUGGGAUUUUUUGGGGAACGUGGCCCAAUGCGACUUCUGAGUACUAUCCGACAAGCUUCAGGCAAGCUUAUAAAAAUGUUAAAAUGAUGAUAAGGCCGAAGAACUAUGCACCCUAAGGCAACUCACAAUAAUAAUAAUUAAUUAUUUUUUGGGGGAACUUUUCCUCAAGACCAAAUUGUGAUGCAAAUCCACAGACAUUAACAGAACUGCCUUAAAAAUAUAAACCUGUAUUUUAAACAUCACAAGGUACAAAGAAAUAAUGUCCAGCUUAUAUUUUAAAUAUACCAACAAUUUGGUUGAUUGUAUGAUUUCUUUUAUCUGUGUGUCCUACUGCCACCUUGUGUUUAACUGCUUUUCUACACCAGUGGUUCUCAAAUUUUUUUCAUCAAGUACCACCUCAGAAACAAUUUGUCUCUCCAAGUACCACCAAAAUUAGCAGUAUUGAAAUACAGUAGCGUAGUAGGCCAGGUAAAGCAGCUACAACUCUGCACGGUUAAAAAAAACGUGGCAGAUUACCUCAGAAAUGUAGGCUAUUUGUCAUAUAUAUCAUAUUAUAUACAUCAUUUUUGGUAAAUUUUGAAAUGUGUGUAGCAUGUACAUGACAUAUUUCAUUCCUCCUCCGUACCACUAUAAGGAAGCCUGCGUACUACUAGUGGUACACGUACCACAGUUUGAGAACCACUGUUCUACACCAUGGACGACUGAAAGUUUAUUUGUUUGCUUGUUUUUUGUGGAUACAAUUAUUGGUAGAACAAAUUGAAUAAUAGCUACUAUGAUUUACAUCCAAUUUGUCAAUGAUUACUGAUGGAAUUAGGGAAAGAGAGGGGAUAUAUUUAACAAAAAAUAUUUUAUGCAAAUUACUUUGUCAUCAACAUUAUUUUUUAGCUGUAUUUUUUUACAAAUAAGCUGAAGGGACAGAAAAUGACAAAAUGAGGUUGUUAAAAAGAAAAUAUAUAUCUGUGAUAUUCAAGUACAAAAUGUACAUUAUUUAUUUUGACAGUAUGGGAUGGUUUUUAAAGAUUUUUAUUUUUUAGGUAUUGCUAUGUGGUUAAGCAGAUUGUGAUAAAUGUGCCCCAACCCCCUCCUGAGGCUGAAAUGAAUGCAUUUCAGGGUUUUUAAAAAUUGUUAUAAGCUUACUUUUUUAGAAUAUAUGUAUAUUGGAGAAUGUAUAUUAAACACAUUAAUUUGUGAUUUUAAAGAUUUAUUUGUAUUUCUAUGAAGCAAAUUAAACUUUAAAAAGUACAUACUGUA